UGGUGGUGUCCUGGCGGUGUCCUGGCCGGAGUGUGUGUGCCUCAGGCUGGGAUUGAAAAUACCUUGUGGUGAAAUAUCUGGUGCAGGGGCCAGAGACUCGGCCCUGUUUGCUUUAACAGUCACAGAAGUCUAUAUUGGAGGACUGCUGGUUCUCAGACCUGCUGAAAGGCUACACAUUUUCAACACGUUUUCAUAUGCAUCCUCACUUGUGAGCAGCAGAAACCUGGCAAGAUAAAGCUUAAGCCCUGUUCCUGAGAUGAGACGAUGAAUCUUAAGCUCUGUUCCAGAAUCUGAGAUGCUGAAGCAACACUGAGGCAUCUGCUAUAUCUGCAGUCUGGUGUGUGCCUGCUGGCUCUCUUGAGCUCUCACUCAUUGCCCUGUGUCUUCAAGAGGUCUUGAGUAUAGACUUACAUAAGUUCCAAAAAUGGGAAGAAUUUUUCUGGAUCAUAUUGGUGGCACUCGCCUGUUCUCCUGUGCAAACUGUGACACAAUUCUGACCAAUCGCUCUGAGCUCAUCUCCACUCGCUUCACAGGGGCCACAGGAAGAGCCUUUCUUUUUAACAAGGUGGUAAAUCUGCAAUACAGUGAAGUUCAGGAUCGGGUCAUGCUCACUGGCCGCCACAUGGUUCGAGAUGUGAGCUGCAAGAACUGCAACAGCAAACUGGGUUGGAUCUAUGAAUUUGCUACUGAAGACAGCCAGCGCUACAAGGAAGGCCGCGUUAUCCUGGAAAGAGCUUUGGUCCGAGAGAGUGAAGGAUUUGAGGAGCAUGUUCCGUCUGACAAUUCCUGAAGAGACUUGAGUCUCUGCUUGGGUUCUCUUCAUUCGAAACUCGAAAGUAAUAAAAUCAACAAAAAAAAUCUGCUUACAUACACUGUCACCUUAGCAUCAGAGUCGGAUUCAUGGACUACAGAGUGGGAAAGAUUUUGAGAGUUUUUUUAGAUGGAACCUUCCUUUCUUUAUUCCUUUAUAUUUUACUAUCCUUCCAGCAGCUGUUUGUAGAAAGAAUGUUGUGCAGUUGCUGUAACUUUUUCUCUCUUGCAUUUAUAACUGUUAGAUCUGAGAAUGUAUCUGCAGAUACAGUGGGCUAAAAGGAAAAUGUUUGGGGGAUUUUUCUUUUGUUAGAGAGAGAUCAAUUUUCUUUUUUUAGUUUGCAGAAACUGAUAUCAGUGUAAAGUUAUUUUAAAAUUACAGGUGUUUUUUUAAAAGUAUAUUCCAAUUUUGGCUUAAGUUUUUAGCUACUUCUUUUUUGACUCGGUCUUUUCACCUGAUUUGCUAGCUAAACUAAAGAGAUCCGAAUUUGUGCCAAGUGCUAAAGGUUCAGUGGUGGUACAGCUUGGGCUGGCCCUUGUGUCAUAUUCUUGUCGAGGUUGAUUGGUAGCACAGAGCCCAUUAUUUUUUUUGUCAUUCUUGACCCCAGGAUGUCACCAUUUCCUGUUUGUGAAGUCACAGUCACUAUGUAAACUGAUGUUGAUUGAAAACUAUUCUUGAAAUAGGGCAAAACUGCUUGGCUUCUUUUUUUUUUUUUUUAAACUGAUGUAACUUAUAAGCAUAGUAAUAAUAUAAAAUAAUACCUGUCUGUUUAGUCUUGUGUUGCUUACCAAUCAGAAGUUGUGUUUGUCAUGAUAGGGAUCCAGUGGGAAACUCCUGUUUCCGUAGUAAAUUUUUUUCAUUAUUUCUUUAUUAAUCUCAUUAAGUUGACAGGCAAUUGCAGAUCUUAUUUCUUCAAGUAGCUUUCUUUAAACCCAGAACUUCUUAUGUUAAACACAGCUGCUGUGUAAAAGGAGAAGACUGCCAGCAUGUUUGUUCAUGCAUAGAGUUACGCAAGCUGCAUCUUGUGAAAAGAUUAACUUAAACAGCUUGUUUUCAUAUGCCACUUCUGGUGUUCAAACUCUCUUCUCUUUCAACUUUGAAAUUUUUCAUUGUGAUGUUACUUUUUUAUCUUUCUGGGCAGCAGUACAUGUCAGCCUAGUAGUAACUAGUGACUUGGAUUUCUGCUUUCUUGUAGAGGUCAGCUCUGCUUAAAACAGUGAUGUUGCUUGCCUUGUAGCAAAAAUGCUCUUCAUUAACUUAAUUAACUCAAGGGUGCCCAAACACUUUCAUUGUCUUAAGCCAUAAGUUAAGAUCUCAAGGGCUGCAAUUAAUUUGAAUGUUAGAUAUGUAUGAUUCUUUAUCAGAGAUCCAUAUUUAUUUAUUUUUUCUUAUUGGGUAAAUAGUGGCCAAUGUGAAACAAGUUACCCACAGAUGUACAAGGAGACAACCAGAUCUGGCCUCUGAUCUUUCCGAAUAACUUUUCUUCACUUGCCACAGCUCCAUAUCUGAAAUUAAAAUGUGGAAGGUGACUGUGCAGGGUAUUUUUUAUUUUAUUUUUAUUUUUAGCUGCCUAGUGGCAAUUUGGACACCCCUGACUUGAAUCUACUGCCUAUUUGAUGUAAAAGUAGCUUUACUAUAGAUUUGUCAUAUAGAAAGAAAACAGAGUAGAUCACAUACCAGAGCUGUGCUUGAAUCGAGCUGCUUAAACAGUAGUGUACUUGUGCCUCAGAUCAGUUUUUGCACUGAGUACAGUAGUACCCCGUUAUCUUGUGUUUCUGUCCUUCAAAAACCCCCAAAGUCCCAUUAGCAUGGUCUUCUGCAGUACUUUUCUUGUACUUCUGACAUUACAGUAGAAUAAAGUAUGUUUUGUCCUGAA